AUGAUAAUAAAUGGAGAAAUUGAAGUUCACAUUGAGGAACAAGAUGUGAGUUCAGAGAAAGAAUUCUGGAAAAAUGCCCUUAUCAUGUAUGCAAUAGGGGAGGAAUUGUCAAUGAAUGCAGUCAAGAGGUUCAUGCUUAAUACCUGGAACGUUGUGACGCUCCCGGACUUGUAUUACAACGAGGAAGGUUAUUUCUUGGUUAGGUUCAGGAAUGAGGAAGAUAAGACAGCAGUGCUAAUGCGAGGGCCUUAUACGAUCUACAAGAAACCUAUUCUAUUACAUGAAUGGAACCCCAGGUUUACACUGCAAGAUGACAUACUGAGAAUACUCCCAAUUUGGGUAAUGUUCCCACAAUUGCCUUUGGUCUAUUGGGGAGACAGGAGUAUAGGAAAGAUUGCGAGUGCAAUUGGAAAGUCGUUGUUGACUGAUGAAUGCACAGCCAAGAAACUUCGAGUAUCGUAUGCUAGGGUGCUAAUAGAAGUGGAUGUUACCAAAGAGUUGAAGCAGCACAUCACAAUUAGAGAUCCUACUGGAGAAAAAGUUUCACAACAGGUUGAGUAUGAAUGGGAACCUCCAUACUGCAACCAAUGCAACAAAGUGGGGCAUCGAUGCAAUCCAAAGAAAGAGAUAACUAAGAAGGUCUAUGUGCAGAAAGAACCUACAAUUGCAGCGGAGAAAGAGGUACCUACAGUUGUAGAGAACCCUGUACCUGAUCCAGACAUUCAACAAGUGGAGAAAGGAAAGGCAAUAGCAGUUGAGGAAACUUGGACUAUAGCUAGACCUGCAGGAAAAAACAGGGGCACUAGAUCUAGUCCAACAAGAAUAGAUUGCACAAAUAGAUUUGACAUCUUGGUACAAGGAUGGAACCAACAAGUUUGGGACAUUAAAAUGCUAGAGAAUACUGACCAGUUUGUGCACUGUGAGGCUUACAAGGAGAAUGGAGACUUCUCUCACUACUUAACAUCCAUAUAUGCCCAGAACCAGUUGAUCCAUAGAAAGAAACUGUGGGAGGACAUUCAGAAUGUGGGGAGCAUAAUUAAUAGACCUUGGAUCAUCAUUGGCGAUUACAAUAAUGUGCUGAAAAUCACUGACAGGAUUGGUGGGAAUGAGGUCCAAGAAGCUGAAUACAGAGACUUGGAGCAGAUGAUGGAGAACCUUGGACUAUAUGAACAUGAAACUAAAGGAGAUCACUUUACUUGGUUUAAUAAGCAAAGUCAGGGACCAAUCUACUCAAGAAUUGACAGAGCUCUAUGCAAUAGUUUUUGGUUUGCUACUUUCCCUGAUUGUGUAAUUGAAGUUAUGAGGUCUCAUAUCUCAGACCAUGCCCCUCUGAAAGUUAAUAUGGUUAAUCAGCAUGGGUAUGUAAAGAAGAAGAGAAGAUUUCAAUUCUUGAAUUGUGUAACUGUGAGAGAGGAUUACAUGAACAAGUUGAGUGAUAGCUGGCAGCAACCCAUGGGUGGUAAUCCAAUGUAUAAACUCUGGAGAAAGUUGAUUAGGCUCUAA